UCAAUUCAGUCUAGCGUGGGUGUUCGAAUCGAGCGGACUCGGUACUAGUUCCGGUGUAGUCAAUCAAAAGCACAUUCCUAGAAGAAAACUUAAUCGAAUCAUGUCAGGCAACGGUAACUUGGCUCGGUUUCGUUGUUGAUGUAGCACUACUUCCUUCACGUGCCUUUGUAAUGGUUGUCUUGCGUUUGUUGGAUUAGCCAACGAACAAAAUUAAAAAUCAAGCGCUGUGAUCUGGUUGUGGAUUAUUCUAACGUUGCUUUUCUGAAUCGUACAAUUCUCCGUCGGCGGUGACGAAACGAAAACGAUGGGAUGUGGCCCUUCCAAUUCGGCGGUGGCAGCAGUUUCCGCGGACGAUGAUGGCGCUUCAAGUGGAACCAAAAAUGCAUACCCCCCCUCCGAGGCAUUCGAGAUUCCCCUGGACGACGAGAAUCCGGAUAGCCUCAUCAAGAAACAUCCCCCGCUGAGGCUCAAGCGCUUGGAGGAACACACCACCACUCCACCGAGCAUUGAAGAUUUGGAGGGGAAGCUGGCCACGGCAGAAAUCCGACGUCAACAGUUUCUAGCGAGUCGGGCUCAGAAGACCACCACGAUUGAUAAACCGGAUAACGAUGAAAACGGUGACGUCAACGCCAUCGAGGAAGAAGAUGAAGCAGAAAAGUGCGACACAAAAGCUGAAACAGUCGAGGCUAGUGAAUCUAAAGAGGAGGAAGUGGAUCAGAAAGAAGAAGUAGGUGGAGAAGAAGAAAGUUCCAAAUGUGAUGCACAAGAAGAUGUACAAAAAGAGAGCUAAUUCUGCCUUGCAAAUUGAAAUGUUGAAUAAAACUAAAAUUCUUUUAUUAGACAUACAUUUAUUAAUCUUUUCAGUUUCAUUAUAUACUUUAAAUUGUUUAUAUAUAGAUCAUUUGAACCUAGUUUUUUUCACUUUUUCAUAAUAAUCAAUAAUAAUCAUAAUAUUUUGGCAUACCCGUAUAAUACUUUUAUAAAAUAAACAUGUUUUCCACAUUGUAUCAUAUUCUUUUUUUAUUUUCUAAUUCUGUGUACAGUUUUUGCUUUUCUCUCAAUUUUCACGAAAAAAUCUUCAAUGCAUUCCUUUGUUUCGUCCUCACGGGCUGCUGCUGAUACAUGUAUAGAACUUCCCCUCUGUAUGUUCGACUUAUACAACAUUUAUUUAUUUUUAUAGGAAAAAUCUGCCGUACGAAAGGAAAAAAAAAGUUUCGUUCACAAAUACUAUAUUGAUAAUCUCAAUUCUCUUCUGUUUGUUUUUGUAUUUAGGAUACCGGCUAAGCUGGCUUGUUAGGCUUAUUCCGUUCACUCACUUCUAAGCUUACAGCGUUUUUAUUCCUA